UAACUACCACCCUACGCUACACACAAACACACACGGGAAGAGAGGGAUGAUGAGUGGAACAGAGAAGGUGGUGUGUGUAACUGGAGCCUCCGGUUACAUAGCUUCAUGGUUGGUCAAGCUCUUGCUCCAACGUGGAUACAAUGUCAAAGCCACUGUUCGUGACCCGAAUGAUCCAAAGAAAACAGACCACUUACUUGCACUUGAUGGAGCAAAGGAGAGACUUAAGUUGUUCAAGGCAAAUUUACUGGAAGAAGGAUCAUUUGAUUCUGUAGUUGAUGACUGUGUAGGUGUAUUUCAUACAGCGUCACCUGUUUUUCUUGCAGCCAGUGACCCACAGGCAGAGUUGAUUGAUCCAGCAGUGAAGGGAACACUUAAUGUUCUUAAAUCAUGUUCAAAAUUUUCUUCUAUCAAGAGAGUUAUUGUAACGUCUUCAAUUGCUGCAAUCAUGUGCAGCAGAAAACCUCUUACCCCUGAUGUGAUUUUGGAUGAAACUUGGUUUUCUGAUCCAGUUACUUGUGAGGAAUCAAAGCUUUGGUAUAUGCUCUCAAAAACCUUGGCUGAGGAGGCUGCUUGGAAAUUUGCUAAAGAGAAUGGGAUUGACAUGAUAACAAUGAAUCCAGGGCUUGUUAUUGGUCCUCUCUUACAGUCAACUACUACAUUCAGUGUGGACACAAUUCUGAAUCUCAUAAAUGGAUCGUACUCUUCUUAUGAUGGAAGUUAUAGAUUUGUUGAUAUUAGAGAUGUGGCAAAUGCACAUAUUCAAGCAUUUGAGACUCCAUCUGCUAGUGGCCGAUAUUGUUUAGUUGGAAGAGUUACAUCCCAUUCUGAGACUCUCAAGAUAUUGCGUGAACUUUUCCCUGCUUUGUUCCCAACCCAAAAACCUGAAGAUGACAAGCCUUCUGUGCCGACAUUCAAGGUAUCCCAGGAGAAGGCAAGAAGCUUGGGUAUUAACUUCAUCCCUUUGGAGGUAAGUCUCAAGGACAUGAUUGAAAGCUUAAAGGAGAAGGGCUUACUCAGUUUCUGAAUUAUGUGUUGUCUUAAAGAAAGUGAAAGCAAGAAGCUUGGGUAUCAACUUCUUUCCUUUGGAGGUAAGUCUCAAGGACAUGAUUGAAAGCUUAAAGGAGAAGGACUUACUCAUUUUCUGAAUUAUGUGUUGUCUUAAAGAAAGUGAUAUAAGUAUAUGCAAAUAAAUGUUAUCUUAACACUCAGUUUCCUGGUCUUGAACUUUAUUUUCCCAUAUUGAAUGUUCCAUGAUUUUAAUAUUUAUAUAUUAUUUUGGAAACUAUGUUAGCUGGCACAAUAUGUAAAUCAACUUCUCUUGAAGUUAGAGUUCAAGUCUUUUGUACAGAUUGAACAUUUGAACUAAACAUUUUUUUUA